AAUCGCCGUAGAUGGGCUCAGAGCCCGCUCCGGAUCUUCGAUUAGUUAGUUGGCUUUCCCUCGCCGCGACUUGGGGGGAAUUAUCGUUUCUUGCUUGGUCACGAGGCGGCGCCCAAGCCGCGGCCCUAACCUAGGGUUUUUGCGAGGAUCCCGCCGUUAGGAGUCCAUCGUGUUCCCUGGUCGCUGCUGGCUGACGAUUCGGGGUAUUUCAGUACACGUGGAGCCUGUCUGUCUAGUUCGAUGGUUCAUGUUGUUGCGAUAGGAGAAAAAUUGGUUGUUCCUUCGCGAAGGGGUUGAUGUGUGUAAUCACAUUUGCAAUGAAUGAAAUCGUUGGCCUGCAAAAAUUCCUCAAUAGUUUAUACACCCCUUUGCCACAGGUGAUGCAAAUUUGCCCCAAUCUUGUUCCUCUUAGCUCAUCUCCGGCCACAAGCAUGUGUAGUGUUCCAUAGGUCUGAUCGCUAUCGCGUGCCACUAGCUUCAGCUGUCUGUUGGUGGAGACUGGAGCUUUGGGUGUGUUUGCUGACAAACUGAGCUGGGGUGCGGUGGUGGCUGGAAGGAGAGGAUAGUGUGUGCCGGCAGCCGGAGGUAGAGGAAAGCGUGUGCCGGCUGCUGGAGGUAGAGGAAAGUGUGUGCGGUGCGCCAGCAGAGGGAGCUAGGUGCUAGAUGAAGAUGGGGAGCAGCGGUUGCCGGCAGUAGAGGAGAGAGAUUAACACAUAACGAAGAUGAGGAAAAAUUUGACAUUUCACAUGGCAUUGUGGCAAAUGAGUUGAUUCCCACUAAAUUAUGUCGGAUUUUUACAUGCCAAUGAACUUUGUGGCAAAUGUGAUCUGCCUCAACUUCAUAGCAAACGAGUAUUUUUCUCUGGGAUGAAUUCAUUUGGCUGAAACGGCUACUCUGGCACUACUUUGUACUGCCUGGAUGAUGGUAGCACAAACUUUUUUCUUUAUUACAUUGGGGGGUUAUGCCUAGGGAAGCUGGUCUUGUGCUCAUUGAUCCAAGUGGUUGUUGGUUUCUUUAAGACCUAUUAAGUUCUUUCUCAGCAAUUCAGCAUUGAAUGCCUUUAUGAUGCUUAAUUCUUUAAUGCUUUCCUCCAAAUGUGAUAUUUCUUGCAGGUGUAGGCAUUUUAAGUGCUAGCGCAACUGUGUCCAUCGUAGUAGUUUUACCUAGUGAAAUAAGCAAAAUAUCCAAGUUGAUGUGGUUCAUGUGGAAAUGGAGUGUAAAUAGAUUUCUUAGUUAAAAGUCAUGCUUGUUUGGCAUGGUUUUGCCACUUGUGUUGACCAUGCUCAGUUGGUUUAUCCAACCAAAGCAUUCUGUUGUACUCUGGUAGUUCCAUACUAUGCAUUGUGGCAAUCUGUUUCAUUUAGGUUAUCUUUUGUUCACAAAAUUUUGGCUAUUUUUCUGCUUUACCAGAGAUUCCUAAGUUUGUUGGUUUAGUUUUUGUACUCUUAGUUAUACCACUUGUUUAUACACCCUAAUUUCUCGGGUUGAUCUACCUUCUGAUUAGAUAUCAUUUUUGUGUCACUGCAAGUACAAGAUGCUAUCGAAUUAGAGUUACUCGGCUAUUUGUAUUAUGGCAUCAAGUCCAAUUUCGAUUGAUUUUGAAUGAUAUCUGCUUCAUAGGUGAAGAAAAUCUGUCCUUGUUCAAAAGUUUUUCAAUUUGGGUGUCCUACCUAUAUAUGAUCCAGUUGUAAAAAGGCUGACUAAGGGCAUGGAUGGAAACAAAGAUGAGGCCUUGAGGUCUGUCAAACUUGCAGAAACUGCACUUGCAUCUGGAGAUAGACAGCGAGCAGAAAAAUUCCUUCGAAUUGCCCAAAGAUUGGACCCCAGCCUUCCGAUUGAUGAUAUGCUGGGCACACCCAAGAAGUAUGAUACCCUGGAUGGUGCUGUACGCCAAUACAGGGCUAGAAGUGGUGAAGUUGGUGAAAGCCAAAAUUUGCGUAAAGAAUCUGUUGGUCCUUCUAAUGUUGAUAAGGGUUACACUGAGGAAAAUGUUAGAGUGGUUCGGAACAUCACAAAGAACAAGGAUUAUUAUGCAAUUCUUGGAGUGGAGAGAAGUUGCUCUGUAGAAGAGAUAAGGAAAGCCUACAGGAAGUUGUCACUGAAAGUUCAUCCUGACAAGAACAAGGCUCCUGGGGCAGAGGAUGCAUUUAAGUUGGUCAGCAAGGCUUUCAAGUGCCUAAGCAAUGAUCAGUCAAGGAGAACUUAUGAUCAAACAGGUGCCAUUGAGGACCAUGAGUUUAAUUAUCAGUAUUCCAAUGUCAUGAGGCAGAGAACUACAAGGCGACAAAGGCAAGCAAGAAGUAGCUUCUAUGGUUAUGAAGAAGACUUAGAUCCAGAUGAGAUAUUCAGGUCGUUCUUUUAUGGGACCCAUGAUAAUAUGUUCCAGUCUCACAAUGCCUACAGAGCAAGAGGAACAGUGAGGCAACAGCAACAACAGAGACGGGAACAUCCGGUUCAGGGUGGGUCAGGCAUAAAUUUAACAAUGUUGGUGCACCUUGCAGGGGUUUUGUUUUUCAUCUUGUUUGCUUUCAUUCCAGCAAGGCAUCCUGAGUAUUCCCUUAAAAGGACAAGCUACUUUUCUAUAUCAAAAGUCACUGAAAAGCAUGGGGUGGAGUACUUUGUCAGCAAACAAGAAUUCGACCAGCAGUUUCCACGAGGAAGUUCUUCUAGAGAUAAUCUUGAGCAGUAUGUUUUUAAAGACUACAAGAGCAUGCUGGGAAGAUUCUGUCAUGUGGAACUCCAAAGGCGCCAAUGGGCCAAGGACUACCCUACACCUCACUGUGACAAACUGCGGAGCCUUUCUGUAGCAUAAAUGGUUUGGCCUCUUCUUUUGUUAGUAGAAGAGUUUCGCUCUUCCUUUGCAGGUAUAUCACGGCACAGGUUUUUUGGGGAAAUGAUGAGCAGCGUGGUUUCUUGGUCUAUGAUUUUAAAUACUUAGGAAGUAGUAGAUACUAUUGCUGCAUUUUAGUUAUGAACACAUGCAUGCAGUCAUGAACCAUCAGGUUAACUCACAGAUCUCUGUUUACUAUUGAUGUCAACCUUGAGCGGCAUGGAGUUCAUAUUGAAACGGGCCGGUUACUUUUGCUGCAGUAAUCAUUUCACACUUGCUUCCAGUUGUAAAACUGGUGCCAACGAAUUUUUGUACAGAUAUGUUCACCUUUCUUUUUUUAUAAAGAAACAGAGGGAUAUGUUUAGCUUGAAAGAUGAUUAGAUCUGUGGUUGCUACUGAAAAAUACCUUAGAGUUGAAAUUCUAAGCGGUGGUUGUAGAUGUCCUCGCUUAACUGUAAAAACCCUUGAAAGGCAAAUUAAAACUAUAAGUGCCUUGUGAAUGUUAUACUUCUUUGCACUUGGCUGUACGCCAUUGAAUAAUUAUCGAUUGUUCAGGUUUUACA